CUUCCAACUCCAUCUCUCUGCACAUUUUAUUCCAAAGAAAAACACCCACCACUUACCACUUGCGACACUGUUUUCUGACACAGACACCAUUUCUUCCGCGGCUUCACUUUACCACAAGAACCCUUCUUUCUUUCUCUCUCUCAAAUGCCUCACGCGUCAUAGAUUAAAAUAAUGUAAUCAUCCUUUCUUUCUUUCUUCUCUUCUCUCCUACUACAACAUCCACCUUAGUUUCCAACCUCUUUCUUGUCCCAAAUCUCCAUCUGGGUUAUUAGUUUUCGUGCCUACCUUUGGUUUUCAACCUUUAACUCCAUUCCAUAAUCGAAGAGUGUAAAAGGUCAAUAUAUGCUGUAGCACAAGUGUAUGAGCUGUUCCUUGUAGUGCUUAGAGGGCAUGAUCUUUUUGCUGACUGUGAGUAAUUCUGCUACUUGCUAUACUUGUUUGUUCAACAUCUUUAGGGGAAGCAGAAUGGGAUCUGUCACUGAGGUUCACUCAGUGGUGGAGUUCAGUCUGGAUGCAAAGUGGCUUAUAGAUCCAAAGCAACUAUUUGUUGGGCCAAAAAUUGGAGAAGGUGCCCAUGCCAAAGUGUACGAAGGAAAAUAUAAAAAUCAGAAUGUUGCUGUUAAGAUUAUUAAUAAGGGUGAAACCCCAGAACAGAUUUCUAGGAGAGAGGCUCGGUUUGGCAGAGAAAUUGCAAUGUUAUCUAGAGUUCAACACAAAAAUCUAGUUAAGUUUAUUGGAGCCUGCAAAGAACCAGUUAUGGUUAUUGUAACUGAACUUCUGUUAGGGGGAACAUUGCGCAAAUACCUGUGGGGUAUCCGUCCAAACUGCUUGGAUAUGCGAGUGGCAGUUGCAUUUGCUCUUGAUAUUGCGCGAGCAAUGGAAUGCUUACACUCUCAUGGGAUCAUUCAUCGUGACCUUAAACCUGAUAACUUGAUCUUGACAGAAGAUCAUAAAACUGUUAAACUUGCCGAUUUUGGUUUAGCCAGAGAAGAGUCCUUAGCAGAGAUGAUGACUGCUGAGACAGGGACAUAUCGUUGGAUGGCUCCAGAACUUUACAGCACUGUCACUCUAAGACAAGGGGAGAAGAAACAUUACAACCAUAAGGUGGAUGUCUACAGUUUUGCUAUAGUGCUAUGGGAGCUCAUCCAUAAUAGGUUGCCUUUUGAAGGCAUGUCAAAUCUACAGGCUGCAUAUGCAGCUGCAUUUAAGAAUACAAGGCCGAGCGCUGAAGACCUCCCUGAUGAAUUGGCUCUGAUUGUGACCUCUUGUUGGAAAGAGGAACCAAAUGAUCGACCCAAUUUUAGUCAAAUAAUACAGAUGUUGCUUCGGUAUCUAAUUACCAUUUCCCCGGCCGAUCCAGUUGUUCCAAUGCGUAUUGCAUCAUCCAAAAAUGCUGUAUUGCCACCAGAAUCUCCAGGUACAAGUGCUUUAAUGGCUCGAAGAGAUGAUUCUGGCGAAACCCCGAAAGUUGAUAUUGAAGGCAGGUCUAAAGGGUGUUUCUUCUGCUUUAACCAAUGUUACUGAUGACCACGAUGCUGACAUAAAUGGGGCUGACCCAGAUCACAGUGUGGCAAUCUGAAUAAAUCCGUCACAAAAUGUUGCAACUAGAAUUUUAACAAGAAAGAUAUUAUUCAAUGAUGCAGUUUAGUUCACCUUCAUUCCAUGUUCUCAGUAAGAGUAGCACGCCAUUCUCUUUUAACAUUGGGUUUACUCACUUCUAACCAAUUGGGCUUGAGGCUGCUGAGAUGUAUUGUUGUAGAAUAUGGUUCAUCCAAAGGCCUUCACCUCGUGCGUUAUGCUUAAUGUAUGGAAAUGACAUGGAUAACAAAUGAAAAUGGGGAACAUUUUUAUCAGUGCUUUUAUGUAAUCCGUUUAUAGAAUUUGGUAACCUUUUCGAUUUGUCUUGCA